UACAUUUGUGGUUUUAGAGUUUAAAUAGCGAGACGACGAGACUCCCAGUGAGCUUAGCCAAGACGGAAACUGACUACAAACCUGGAUAACUGCUACAUAUCGCUCUCCAGGAUAAAAUGGCCCCGUCUGUCUUGUCCAAGUACUUCAGCCAUGAGGAAGCCAAACGCCUAAAAUUCAUGUACUGUAGAGGCGAAGUGGUAGCGGUGAUUCUUCAUAUGAAGCAGAAGGCAGAUGAUUUACCCGGUAUGAACAUCAACAUUGCAGUGCUGGGUGAUGUGAGCUCCGGGAAAUCCACCUUCAUCAACGCGAUGAGAGGUCUUCGGAGUGACGAUCCCGGAGCUGCUCCAACUGGUACUGAUGAACUCAGCACGGUGCCAACCAAAUAUCGCUAUCCAUCUCUGCCCAAUGUUCAUCUCUGGGAUCUUCCUGGAACAAACUCCUUUGGUUUUGAAAUGAACAGUUACCUGAAGCAAGUGCAGUUUGAAAGCUAUGACUUUUAUAUUAUUGUGUCUCAGUCGCGAUUCAGAGAGUGCGAUGGCGAACUCUCCAAAAAAAUUCAAGAACAGCAAAAAGAGUUCUACUACAUCCGGUCAAAAAUCGACAAUGACACCUAUUCCAUGCAGAUGCAAGGCAUUGACUUUAGUGAAGGGCAGAGGAAAAUCCAUGAGGAUUCGAUCGACAACUUCCGAAGCCUCAGCGUUAAACCACCACCCAUUUUCCUGAUAUCAAGUUUGGAAGUGAAAGAAUAUGAUUUCCCGAAAUUAAAAUCUACUCUUGCCAAUGAUAUCCAGAGUAUAAGAUUAAAUAUCUUCUCUGUCAUGGUCGAAAAGAUGAUCAUGGAAAUUCAAGGACCCAAAUACAAGUUACUGAUAUGGUGCAUCUUGCUGUUGGCCCUCCUUUCUGCGGCACUAGGCUCAGUGCGAGCACCAGGCUUACCUUUCGCCACUGUUAUUGGCUGUACCUCUGCGGGGUGGAUAUUCCUGUGGAUACAGGAGGGUGUUAGUGACCAGGUGCUGCGAAGCUUGUCCAGCAGACUUGCCAAACCUGUGUCGUUUCUGAAAACUGAAAUGGCCCAUCAAUCGCCCCGCAGGUGGCCUUCAGUACUUGUCAAGACACUGCUGGGAACCCUCGUUGUGGGCUGUACCAUAGCUGGGUUCACAGGCAGCUUCCACCCAUUGGCACGCUCUGUCUGUGGGGCAGUGUUCUCCUUUCCUUUUACUUACCUGGUUCUGAAGGAUUCACUGGAUGACCGGCUGCGAACUGUACAAAACCUGGCGAAGACUGUACUUCGCCCAAACUGCAGUAGCUGCCUUUAAGUCGCUACUGUCUCAGAUUACUGCCGCAGGUCCAGAAUGUUGCGGGUUGCCAUGCGUUAGCCUGAAAGCUGUCAAACUCAUUUUCUGCGGCGUACCAUCCGAUACCUUCACAGAUUUACGCAUUAUAAAAGUAUUUACGUAGAAGUAACUGGGUAUGAACCGUUGAUACGGUUCUGUAUCUUGCUUUUAUUAACUGCCGCCUGAUGUCCCGUGAUAUUGGCGCUUCAUUGUAUGAAUAUCCAUUGUAACAUUUGCAGCAACUUCAUGGCCCGAGCUCUCUCUUAGAUAAACACACCGGGUCACUACAGAGCUGGUGGUCCAACCGUCUUAUUCUGAGCGUCGUUCCCAUUAGAGUUAUA